GGGAGCCGCGGGGCCCGGGGGUGCGGGAGGCAACAGCCCCGAGCAUGAUGAGGCCGGCGCCGGCUACAACAGUGAGGACGAGUACGAGACAGCGGCGGCCCGCAUCGAGAGCAUGGACCCAGCCACCGUGGAGCAGGAACACAGGUUCGAGAAGGCGCUGAGAGAGAGAAAGGGUUCAUCAUAAAACAGAUGGAAGAUGGGGCCUGCUUGUUCCGGGCUGUGGCUGACCAGGUAUAUGGUGACCAAGACAUGCAUGAAGUGGUCAGGAAGCACUGUAUGGACUACUUGAUGAAGAAUGCCGAUUACUUUUCCAAUUACGUGACAGAAGAUUUCACCACUUACAUCAACCGGAAGCGGAAAAACAACUGUCACGGCAACCAUAUUGAGAUGCAGGCUAUGGCAGAGAUGUACAAUCGACCUGUGGAGGUUUACCAGUAUGGCACAGAGCCCAUCAACACUUUCCAUGGCAUCCAUCAGAAUGAGGAUGAGCCCAUCCGAGUGAGCUAUCACCGCAACAUACAUUACAACUCUGUGGUGAACCCCAACAAGGCUACCAUUGGUGUGGGACUGGGGCUGCCCUCCUUCAAGCCAGGGUAUGCGGAGCAGUCCUUGAUGAAGAACGCAAUCAAGACAUCCGAGGAGUCAUGGAUCGAGCAGCAAAUGCUAGAAGAUAAGAAGCGAGCAACCGACUGGGAAGCCACCAACGAGGCCAUUGAGGAGCAGGUUGCCAGGGAGUCUUAUUUACAGUGGCUGCGUGAUCAGGAAAAGCAGGCCAGACAGCCCUGCAAAGCCAGCGCUACCUGCAGCUCCGCCACGGCGGCUGCAGCCAGCGGUUUGGAAGAAUGGAGUGGCCGCUCUCCACGCCAGCGCAGUUCAGCGUCUUCCCCAGAGCACCCAGACUUGCACAACGAGCUGAAUGCUGCCAAGCCACCUUCCCCUGGGAGCACCGCAGCUCUAGCACUUACAAAGCCCCCCUCGCCGUGUGCGCCUGGUACAAGCAGCCAGCUUUCUGCAGGCGGUGGCCGAGCAACCCCUCCCUUAGUGUCGUUGUAUCCAGCCCUGGAGUGUCGGGCAAUAAUGCAACAGAUGUCACCCACAGCAUUUGGCUUGAGCGACUGGGAUGACGACGAGAUCUUGGCUUCGGUGCUGGCGGUGUCACAACAGGAGUACUUGGAAAGCAUGAAGAAGAGUGCCCUGCACAGAGACAGUGGUUCAGACAAAAGUUGAUAACUCGUUUGCAUCUCCUGUGUUCGCCUGACACCCCUUAGGUGCAUGUUUUGGCAGGAAGGAUGAUAAUACCUGGGACCCCUCCCCUCCUCUGCUGCUGCUGAUCAAAGCUCCUUCGGCUGCCCUUUUGCCCCGUCAUUUUUUGGCUCUUUGCAUCCAACCUCCAAUGUGCUUGGGGGAGAAGCGAGAGAAGGACAGGACCUCCUCUGCAAGGAGCUGGAACACGCACAAACUGGGGCAUGCUGGGCUUCCCCCUUCAUCAGCCGUUCCUUCAUUAUUGAAUAUAUCUAUAUAUAUGAUCCAAUCCUAAGUGAGACCUCCCCACUUUUGAAUGGGAGGGUUGCAGUUUGCUUAUAGGGUGGUGGGAAGGUGGACUCUCCAGGCUGGGUUUUGGGGAGUGGAGAGAAGCUCAGCUGCUUCUGUGGAAGCAGAGUGUGACUGCAGGGCCCACCAGGUUCCCUCACCCUUGGGAGCUGGGGAUAUAAUAAUGUUCAAGCAUGAAGGGGGUUGGGGGGCUAGCAGUGUGUUGACGGUUCUUUCACCUGCCCCCUUUUAACACUAGUAUCCUGGCUUCUAACGGAAGGGUCUUCAGUGGAGUGGGUCCCUAAACCUGCAACCAUUUGAAAUCACUCCGCCUUCAUCUCUAAGGAACAGCUCUGGUCAUCUGCAGGAGGACCACCUCCGCGGCUGAUUUUUCUUGCUCCACGUGGCAGCCUCUCUUCUCUUUCCCACUUGGGUGUCAGUCCCUGUUUGUUCACGUGUGGCCCCUGACAUCUGGGAGAGCACCACAGGCUCCCGACUUUUUGCCCAGCCAUGUGGUCUCCCUGACGCUGUGCUUCUUGGCUUUUUGGCCUCUCCCGCUGCUGACUCUUCUAUUCUCCCUGUGCCUAGCAGCGGGGGAGGAGGAACAGGGGGAACACACCAUUUGUCAUUCCACGUCAGCACUUCCUAGAAUGGGCCAGGCCUUUAGCUGCAUCGUGGAAAGGAGGUGUUGGUGACAAAAUGGACUCUGGCACAAGGUCAGAAGCUGUAGGCAACAACUCUACAAUGUUGGGAAGGCCCCAGGUUGUCCUGUGAUGAAAGUAGACCUUGAAUCCCACAGUUGGGACCCAUGCAAAUGGUGGGGGGACCUGUCCCACGAGGACCCUUGACUGUUGGCAGGCUGGCCUGAAGGUAAAUUAACUUCUAGAAAAGAAAGAUCUCCGGCAACCUUGCCUCUUCCGAGUGUGGUGUCUUCCUAAUUACUGCUGUGGUUAUACAAACCUAAUGUGGCCAUUUAUUUUUUAUUCUCGGAUCCUGGGUGUGAACAAAUGUUUCUGCCUUCCCCGUUCAUGCAAGGGGCACAGCACCAGUGCACUCAGCUACUCCUGCAGCUUCAUGUUGUGUCCAAAAUUCAUGAAGGGCUGGGAUUUGCUAAAGGUCCUGCCCUCUUGGCAUUGCUUUCUGAGGCUGCAGAGUGGCAGCUUUGAAAAGGGGUGGGAGGGAGGUGGGUAGGUAGUCUACUGCUUUAGGAAGACAGGUUUCAAAGUGGUAUUUGGUGCCUGAAAUAAAGUAUUGAUCUAUGCUCUACUUCUCUCUUCCCCACCAAAAAAAACACCUUUGAGAGAGGUGAUUAACUUCCCUGUCCAGAAUGAGAAAAUGAAGCAGGAACAGGUGAGGGUGUACUUGAAGUCUGAGAACAAAGCAAAAUAUCCAAACCUCUUCCUCUGAUGUGCUUUCUUGUUCCUACAAAACCCUCUCAUGGGUAGCCUUUCCUUGCUUCUCCAGGGAUCCCUUUACGUUCAUCUCCCAUGAUUCCCCCACAAGAGUUUGUAGGUGGAGCCACUGGUUAUCAGCAUCUUAGAACUGAAAGGUGCACAUGGGCCAAACUUGGAUGUGCCCUUUGUCCCACCCCAUGUGCUGGUUUACUGCCAAUUAGAUAUUAAAAUUCCUUGACCAGAAAUGCCAAAUUCUGCAAGAUCGUUAUAAGCAGAAUAAAUCAUGUAAAUAUUG